UCAUUAUUUAUGGGGUGCUACGUGCCAAAACCACGAUCUGAUUAUAAGGCGCACCGUAGUCGGGGACUCUAGAUUAAUUUGGGCCACCUGGAGUUCUUUAACGAACAGCCAGCACCCCGUGCACAGGCGUUUGCAUUUCGUCCCCAUCGAAAUGCGGCCGCAGCGGCCGGGAUUCGAUCCCGUGACCUUGUGCUAAUCAGCGUAACGCCAGAAACCACUAAGCAGCUACGGCCAGUGGCCAGGAGUCGUAUAUGAAGGAUAGCAGCGAAAUCACACCGUGUGUAGCAGCAGUCUGAACAUACCGGCAUGACGAGGCAUCGGUGCGCGGGUUGCAGCUGUCUCCAUAGUAGCAAAGCGAUGGCACCGCAGCAGGCGAACCAUUCGUUUCCCCCCGCGGGACACCGACAACAGUUGGUCGACUUCCCUUUCAACAAGGCUCGGAAUAAAAGGACACCAAGGAAGAGCAACACAAUUUGCCCGCACCAUUUUGUUAUUUCUUUUGCGCUCACUUUUUUGGGGCUGCCAGUUGCCGCCGUCAUCCUGAACGUGGCCCUGAACGUCCACUCGCACUUCGGCACGAUGCUGCUGGCAGAAGAUGGUCGCCAGCUGGACCCGCUUGUCAUGAACCUAGCCGUCAGCAAUGGGUUCGUUGGUGUCGUGUACCUGUCCGCCAUGUGCCUCAGCACUCGGCUCCUGCUCAUGUACAUCUCCAGGGCCGUCGCGCUCUACUUGGGCUGCAUCUACAGGAACCUGGACCAGUGCCUGCGAUCGAGGAGCACUCCGGAAAGCAGGAAGGUGCUGCUGGUGGACCACAUGCGCGUCCAGUUGGCGCUGCUGAAGAACUGCGUCGACUUGGCCAGCUCGCUGCUCGGUCCGAGCCUGCUGUAUGCCUACGCGUACAGCGUGGCCAUCCUGUGCGCGGCCGCCUACUACACCAUCAUCCCGGAGCUGGAGUUCCGCGUCCGACUCUUCUUCUUCUUCUUCGGCUCGCUGCACUGGCUCAGCGUCCUGCUGCCCACCGUCACCACGCACCGCAUGAAGGGAGCCGUCAUCGAUUUGCGGAGCGCAGUGCAAGGAGUGUCAAUGGCUGAUUACUCCGACGACCUGCUAGCACAGCUGCGGAUGAUGCUGAACAGCAUGAAGCACGACGACCUCAGGUUUACGGGCUGCGGGUUCUUUGUGGUGGACCUGUCGACGUUCGCCGAUAUCAUGGGUGCUGUCAUCACGUACACCGUCGUGUUGGUCCAGACGAACGAAAGCUACUUGAGGGGUUCGCUUGAACAGUGCACAAACCAUACAAUCGCCUAGGCAAAAACACCUAGAAAUGCAAAGCAUGCACCGUGUGCAAGCAGUACGAGGUCCCUCUAAGCCGCAACGUGAGCAGGAGCCUGCUCGUUUUCUAAUACAGAACAAGAAAUGA